AUGGGUAAGAUUAUCUUUUACGAGGACAGAAACUUUCAAGGUCGUAGUUAUGAGUGCGGUAAUGACUGCACAGACCUGCACUCCUACUUCAGCCGCUGCAACUCCAUUAAGGUGGAGAGCGGCUGCUUCAUGAUAUAUGAACGCCCCAACUACAUGGGGCACCAGUACUUCAUAAGAAGGGGGGAGUACCCAGACUACCAGAGGUGGAUGGGCUUCAGUAGCUGUAUUCGAUCUUGCAGAGUCAUUCCUAUGUACAGGGGAUCCUACAGGAUGCGCAUCUAUGAGAAGGCCGACUUCGGCGGUCACGUGAUGGAGUUCAUGGACGACUGCCCCUGUGUGUCUGACCGCUUCCACCACCGCCAUGUCUACUCCUGUAACGUGAUGAACGGCUACUGGAUCUUUUAUGAGUACCCAAACUUCAGGGGCAGACAGUACUUCAUGAAGACUGGGGAGUACAGGAGAUACCGUGACUGGUGUGCCACCAGCGCCAUUGUUGGCUCUUUCAGAAGGGUCACUGACUUUUAG